CAGGCUCAGUUAACACAGCACAACUUGAAGACUCAGCUCAGAGCAGAAGAAGAUAAUUGAGAAUGAGCACCGGCGCUGGCAAGGUAGCGUGUGUCACCGGCGCUUCCGGUUACAUCGCUUCAUGGCUCGUCAAGUUUCUUCUCCAACGCGGUUACACUGUUAAGGCCACUGUUCGCGACCUAAAUAAUCCGAAAAAGGUAGAUCAUUUGGUUAACCUUGACGGUGCGAAGGAGAGAUUGCAACUCUUCAAAGCCGAUCUUCUAGAUGAAGGUUCCUUUGACUCUGCCGUUGAAGGUUGUGACGCUGUGUUUCACACUGCUUCUCCCUUUUUCUUCGGCGGCAAGGACCCGCAGGCUGAGUUUUUGGAUCCAGCUGUGAAGGGGACUCUGAAUGUUCUGAAAUCGUGUUCGAAGUCGGCGACGCUGAAACGCGUGGUUGUAACUUCUUCUGUUGCCGCAGUUGCAUGCAACGACAGGCCUAGAGCCCCUGAUGAAGUGCUUGACGAGACUUGGUUUUCCGACCCAGAGUUCUGUAGGAGAAAUCAGGGAUGGUAUGAUCUUUCAAAGACCUUGGCCGAAGAGGCUGCCUGGAAAUUUGCAAAAGAAAACAAUAUUGACUUGGUCACAAUAAACCCAGCAUUGGUUAGUGGACCUCUCUUGCAACCAGAGCUUAACACAAGUGCUGCUGCAGUUUUAAAUUUUGUUAAUGGUUCGCCAACAUUUAAAAACAUAACUUUGGGAUGGAUAGACGUGAGAGAUGUUGCAAAUGCUCAUAUUCUUGCUUAUGAGAAUGCUUCAGCUAAUGGAAGAUAUAUAUUAGUUGAGAGAGUGAUACACCACUCACAGGCUGUGCAGAUUUUACGUGAUAUAUACCCAACAUUGCCACUUCCAGACAAGUGUGUGGACGAUAAGCCAUAUCCACCAGCAUAUCAGUUUUCGAAGGAAAGAGCAAAGAGUUUGGGACUUGAAUUUACUCCUUUGGAAGUGAGCCUCAAGGAUACUGUGGAAAGCUUGAGGGAAAAGGGCUUUGCAAAAUUUUAAGGUUGAAGAAACGUUGAAACCUUUUUCGUUGUUAAUUGUUGGCUUCUUAUUCUGUUGCUUAUGAAUAAGUUUAUUGUAAAAUAAAACUUAUAUCAGAACUGCUAAGUACUGAAAUAAGUUAUUUUUGGUGUGGUUUGUAUCCGCCAUUAUCCGUUUUCCAUAUUCGAAGGAUAAAUCAGUAUCACUUUGGAUCAGACUUACUUCUGCUGUCUUUUCGAUUGAGUAACACCAAUAUAAAGGGUUUGAUUGGUCAUUGAAACACGACAAUGGCAAUACAAUACGCUAAAUACAUUUCUCUAAA